UAAGCGUUGAAAUGAAAUGGGUAUGGUAUAAAGGCACGAGCACAAGAAGCGAUUCCGUUGGCCGAGAAAAUUCCAAGAGCCGACGCGUCGUUCAGGCUGCUGCUGCUUCGCCGACGGCCAUUUGAUGGAGUGGUAGUAUCUCAAUCUAUGGGCAUCAAGAAAGAGAGCAAAAGCUCCGCUUCUGCAACAUCGCGGUGUGCUGAUCUCAGGGCUGCGUAUCACAAUUGUUUCAAUCGAUGGUACUCAGAGAAGUUUGUAAAAGGUCAUUGGGAUGAAGAACCCUGCGACUCCGAGUGGCAGAAAUACAGAGCUUGCCUCUCGGAGCAUUUGGUUGAUAAGAAGUUGAAGCGUUUCUUGGAAGAGGAAACACUGGUUCAUUCCUCCAUGAAAGCUGAUGGGAGUUAAGAAUCAAGAUAGGCUUCCUUGUUGAUGGUAUGCUUGAAUUCAUUGAUUCCUGCAAUUACACACACAUUUAUCUAAUUUGUGGCUUUUACGAACUUGAAAACCAUGUCUAAUUGUAAUUCGCCAUUCUUAGAAUCAGCAUACCUGCACCCUUUUGACUUCACCGCUAUUAGAACAAAUGGAGCGUUUUGCUAAUUGAGAUUUAAACUAUUUGAAGAACCUCUGAACUUUAGUUACUUGAUAGAAAUUCAACUAGAUCAGCUUAUGAAGAUGACUUAUUAAUUGAAAAGUUUCUCGAGGACCAGGAAGUUCCUCCUCCAUCUGCCUUUUAGCGAGAAAUGUCGUUUUUUGUGGUUUAUUGUAGGAUGCUUGAGGGAGAGGAACAAGGGGGUCUUUAGAGGUUUAGAAAAGGACCCUAGUGAGUCAGCUCUUUAAUGAGGUUUCAUGUUUCUUUUUGGGCUAAGUUAUUCUUAAAUUUUUUUUUGUGUAAUUAUUCCUUAGGUAACAUCUCAGUUAGUUGAAAAUCCCUUUUUUAGAGAGUGUGCUUUUGUGGGCUUGCUUUUCUGGAUGCCCUUGUAUUUUUUCAGUCUUUCUCAAGGAGAGUUGUUGAUUCUAUUAAAAAAAAAAAAAAAAAGGUUUCUGUGUUCUAAUAGUGGGGUUCUUCUCUCUGUAGAACUCACUCAAAAGAGCCAUUGUUACAGAACCACAGAAUUUAUUAGAAACUUAUUAGUUUUAGUAUCUGUAGUAGUUCUGUUCUAUUCAAGCUGAACUUCCUUCUCUGUUCAAGCAAAUUGCACAUAAUUAGCUGUUAAUAUCUGCUGUAUGAUCCUUCUUUUGAUGAGACUUCUAUUGGGUAAUCUGAUAACAACAUGAGAAUGUGCCAUAGUGGAGCAUCAUGCUCCUAGUGAGCUGCAUUCAUCUCCACUGUUUUAGAGUCAAUAUAAAGAGUAUAACUUGAGGAUUAUUGGUGGUGCAAUCGCAUUUAAGGUGCAUUCUUUGUGUUAUCUGAUCUGAGACCAUCCAUGCGUUGAUUGGUAUUUAGAAACUUUUCCUACCAUUGAAAGGAAAAAUCUAGCCUUCGUUCAAGAGUAUCUUUUUCCUUUUUCUGAAGAUCAUUUAUGCUUUUUAUAGACUGAUAUGCCCAUCCUCUUUUUGAACAUUUCAUUUUUUUGAGUGAGAUACCGAGCUUUCGUUGAACAAAAUGAAAAAAUAUACAAAGGCAUAAAGCAAAUCCCCAUAAAAAGGGAGACCCUAAAAUCUCAUAAAGGGACUUCAAUCCAACGAAAUCAAGAUAAAAUCAUAACCAGGAAGACAUUAAACCUUGCCACCCCAAGCCCCACAACUCUCUAAAAUUCUUGUUGUUUCUCUUUGAGCAUCUCAUGAAUUAGUUUCUUCUCAAUAGUUACUUGGAAAUGUAACAUUCGAUAACUCAAUCAGUAUAUCUUAACUAUGUUACAAGAUAGGUAUAGAGUCAUUACAUUGAAUUUUGAUACUCCAGUCCUAUUAUGUUUGACUUUGAAGUUGGAAAGCUUCAAUUUUUUACGUAUUAUGCAUUUUAAUGUUAUCUAAGAAGGUAGAGCAAUGUUCAAAAUAUUUCUAAAUUUAUAGUUCUUUCUUUGAUAUAGUGUUAGCCUAGCCACCUGAUGAAAUUCAAUUUUAUUUUGUUUUUGGGCAAAAUCUUCUACAAAAUAAUAAAAAAAAAGAAAAUGAUUUUGUAAUAUUGAUUGAUGAACGGUCGCUUUUGUGCCUUUACUUAGACUUAUUAGACUACCUUUUUUGUUCUAAAAGCAUAUAUAAAAAAAAAAAAAUCAAGAACAACUUGCAAACAAUUCUCAACUUUGAACACAAGUAUACUUAAAUCUAUUCAACAUUGUCAUUCAUGCAUAUCUAUCUGAUAUUUUGUUUGAACGGAUUUUGAAUCUUACACUUCCAUUCAUAGUUCUAUGCUUAUUUCUUUGGGUAAAAAGAUCUGAAUUAAGGCCACAUCCACUCAAGGAAACAUAAUAAAUUAUUGGUAAUCCGAAAAGUGGGUCUCAUUCAAUUAUAUUUAGUAUUGUUUAUUUGUGUUUACUGACAUAUUGACUCAUUGAGCCCACUUCCAAAUUUGUAAUAAAGAAAUGCAAAUUAAUUGACGAGUGGUGGGUGUUCAGUCCAAUUGCAUUUGAAAAUUAUCUUGAUAUUGAUAUUGUUAUUGUUACCAUUA